AUGAAUCUCAUCGCGGUCGUAAUUUUUUUUACCUGCUACCUUCUCGCAGCUGUUAAUGGCUACGUUAUGUGCGGUGAAGGCACAUGGGCAAAUACGACAUGCGUCGACCUAUCGACUUGUUCGGAGUACACACAGCCAAUAGAAGCAUUGUUCAAAACGAAUCAAACUGUGCACAAGUUUUUCAUAUUUCAUCAUGUUUUACCGGCGAUGUGUGGCUUCUCACAAUUUAUGCCAAUGGUGUGUUGUCCGAAUCCCAAACCGAAAUCUCCAAUAGCGCUAGCUGUUCCGAAGGGAGAUAGCUGUGGCUCUAUACUUUGGAAUAGAAAUCUCAGUUUAGAUGGAAAGCCGACUGAUAUAGAAGAAUUUCCUUGGUUGGCGCUGUUGGAAUAUAAAAUGAGAAAUCAAAAAAGAAUAUUUGCCUGCGGUGGGGUGCUGAUUAGUGCUCGUCAUGUUCUGACAGCAGCUCAUUGUCUAGGCUUGAGUCACAACAAAUUGAUUGGUGUGCGUCUGGGUGAACACGAUUUACGAACAGCUCAAAACUGUAUCUCUAAUCCACAACUAUCUUACUGUAGAAAAAAUGCCAUCGAUGUCGGCAUCGAACUACAAAUUCCACAUGAAAAUUACGACUUUCUUCGAGGACCUAGUGCCUUCGAUACUUUAUCUUAUGAUAUAGCAAUACUCAAGUUGAAACACUCUGUUAUAAGUGACGUUAUCAAACCUAUUUGCUUGCCAAUGGGGCGAGAAACUCCGCUUGAUAUUAAUGUCGCUGGAAAAUUUCUAUCGGCUGGCUGGGGUAUUUUAUUUGACCAUAUCUAUCCGAAAUCUUUUGUGCAGGUGAUGUCGAGGUUGAAAGAGGUCAACAAGACCUAUUGCAAUACACUAUACAGCAGUACUUUGCCCGAAGAUGUUAUAUGUGUUCUUUCCAAGUCUCAUACAACUGCUUGCAUUGCCGAUUCCGGUGGUCCGCUUAUGGGUUUCAAUAAACAAUCAAGGAUGAUUGUUACUGGAAUAUAUUCUCCAGUAAAUAAUCAGCCUUGUCGAACAAACGGUGUACCUUCCACAUUUAUAGAUGUACGCAAAUAUUUAAAUUGGAUUCAUUUAAAGAUUCAUCAAGACUCAUAA